AUGUGCCAUUUUCAGGUCUCCUCACACUGCUUGUGAAUGUUCCAUUUUUGUCAUAGGGUGCUGGCAGAAUAGGGCCUACCAUUGCUGCUGCCCAGGCCUGUAAUCUUCCAUGGGCCCCCGUACCGCCUAAAUCCUCAUGCUGCUGUCGCAGGUCCAAGUCGUCUCAUGGUAUCCCUGUAAACGUGCCUCCCAGUGCUGCUGUCACCAUCGCCUACAACUUCUGCCAUGUGCCACUUUUCUAUGGUCUCCUCACACUGCUGGUGGGUUCCAUUUUUGUAUAGGGUGCUGUAUGGCCUCCCAUUGCUGCUGCCUCCACCGCCACACUGUGGCUACCACACUCUGGUUUUGCCCCGUACUGCCCCAAAAUUGAGUGAAGUGUGCGUGAAUCUAAGAUCGACGGCCACUCAUCUCCA